CACAUUACAUUGCUUAUUAGAACCAUCGCAUUCAAGAAAUUAAAAUUCUUGAAAUCCUUAAUUUUUUGGUAUUUUGUGUUUGUGGGUACUAGAAAAAAAAAAAAAAAAAAAAGAUUGGAUCUUGUUGGGAGAAGUUUUCUUGAAAUUCCGGCGAUAUUUCAGGCGAGAAAUGGCGCCGGCGGCGACGGAAGAGUGGUCGGUGCAGAAUGACAUGGGUUGUGGUCUAGUCGGAGCGUUGUUCCAACGCGGCGGAUCAAAGCCGAGCAAGUCUCCGCCGUCGCCACGGACUCCCGCCGCCAAGAACCAAAUCACGGUGGACGCCAGGAGGCGGCGGCGGAGCAGUUCCGAGACGAAUUCAAACGGCGGCGGCGAUCACCGGCAAAGAACUCCGAGGUCAACAACCACAAUGCCGCCGCCGCCGACGCAAGUGGCGAACUUAGCCUACACGCAGAGGCUUAGAAGGGAGCCGACGUUCACCUCAAGUGAACUGAGCGUCACCAUUGUAGGCCACAGAAAAUCCAGCGCCGCCGCCACCGCCGCCGCCGGCAGCGGCGAAAGUUUAUACCGCGCUUCCUCCGGAAACGUGAUGCUCCCUGGCCACCUGGGAAAUCUGAACCAAAAACCAUCAAAACAGAAAGAGAGACCAAACGGGAAAGUGUUAGGCAGCCAUCUCGGCGCCACCGCCAUGAUGGGCAACAUUUUCCGGCACUCAAGUUUAAAAACCAUGCUUACUGGUCUCGACAAAAGCAUGAACCCUGACGCUCUGAAAUCCAUGGGAAACCAACACUACAAGCAAGGAAGAUACGAGGAAGCAUUGAAUCUAUACAAUGAAGCCAUCGCCAUAAAUCCCAGAAAUCCAUGUUUCCACAGCAACAAAAGUGCAGCUUUAAUGGCGCUUUCCCGCCCCAUUGAAGCUGUUUUUGAAUGCAGAGAAGCCAUCCGCUUAGACCCUUUCUACCAUAACGCCCAAUACCGCCUAGCAAAUCUAUAUUUCAGGUUGGGAGAAGCAGAGAAAGCUGUGUGCCAUUACGAAAAAUCAGGGCGAAAAGCCGACGGGAAGGACAUUGAUCAAGCUAAAGCUCUAAGCAUAAUUCUUGGCAGUUGCAGUGAAGCUCAAAGAGUUAAAGACUGGGCAUCAUUGCUUAAGCAGAGCCAAAGUGCAUUGUCUUUGGGUUCAGAUUCAUCUCCGCAGAUCUUAGCAAUGAAAGCUGAAGCCUUGAUGAAACUCCAGAGACAUGAAGAAGCAUACACUGCACUUGUGAAAUGGCCUGCUUUUAAUACAGAGCAAUGUACCUCCCUUUUUGGCUCAGCCAAAACUGCAUAUUUCUUAGGAGUUAAAGCUCAAGUCCUCAUGGCUAUUGGAAGGUUUGAGGAUGCUGUGAGUGGUGCUAAGCAAGCGGCCCUGUUGGAUCGAAGCAGCGAACAAAACGCAUUGCUGGUGAAGAAAAUGGCGGCGGUGGCGGCGGCGAGAUCGAGCGCGAAUGAUCUUUUCAAGGCUUCAAAGUUUGCAGAAGCGGCGGCGAUGAACACUCAGGGAUUGGGAUAUGAUCCAUGCAAUGCAGUUCUGCUGUAUAACAGAGCGGCUUGCCGGUUCAAGCUGGGGUUGUUCGAGAAGGCGCUUGAGGAUUGCACCGCCGCGCUUAAUCUCCGGCCGUCGUACAGAAAGGCAAGAACACGGCGAGCUGACUGUAAUAUUAAGCUGGAGAGAUGGGUGGCUGCGAUUCAAGAUUGCGAGGUGUUGAUCCAAGAAACGCCGGGAGAUGAGGCGGUGAGGCGGCUGUUCUCGGCGGCGAAACAGCGGCUGGACCGGCAGCGACAGGUGGAUUACGGCCAUAGGUUGCAACUACGGCCCCGCUCCGAUCUGGUUUUGGUCUCUUAGCACAUAACAAUAUAUAUAUAUAUUGUCAAAAGUUUUGUGUUCAAUUCUCAUUUAUUUAAU